UUUUUUUCAGACGCAAGCCAUCUCCACGGCGCCACCGUUCGUCCGCCGCCGACAACCACCGUCGAAAGCCAAUUACCGAGUUAUCCUCAUCGUCCGUCUGCAUUUUUCCAUAAGUGAGUGAAUAGGUUUUUUAAUUUGUGUUAUCGAAGUCGAAUUUGGUGUUUGAAACAAUCGAUUUCCUGAUCCGAAACAUACAAAUCGGUACAAAACAGGCCGAAUUUUGACCUAAUUUGACGAAGAAGAAGACCAAAAAAUGAUGCAGAAACCGGUGCUGAAUUCAUUCGGUACUGGUUUUUUAACCCCAUCCCAAUACCGAUUUUGAAACCUAAUUGUUGUAUAGAAUUUGAGCCCUAAUCCCGCCCAUUCAACUAUCUGGCUAGUUGGGUACAAGUCACUGUUGCGAUAAAGGUGUUAAUUUUGAAGGUUUCUUUAUACGCAAUUGUUUUGUAGGGUGCGCGUAAAUGGAAGUUCAUCGAUUUCAAGCGCAAAUAAGUUCGAUGAUAGGAUUCGUUCUCGUAUUUCUGAUGAACGUCGCAUCUUACGCAGAUGCCUCCAUUUACGCACAGACAGGUUGUACGGAUAAAUACAUUGCAAAAUGUUUUUUCGAGAAACACGAUAAUUUAUUAGGACAAGAGUUUCACGAUUUCGUAGCAAAUGAAAUCCCACUUGGCUUGUCAGAAGUAGUUGUAAAUAAAAACCAUGUUGUACCCACAUUGUCCCAUCUACAUCGCAAUGUUACUGGUGAAGGUUCUCAUCGUCACUUACAUUCUUCGAUCACAUUUGACUUGAAACCGAAACUCAAACCAGAACUCGAUGCACGUUCUUGUGAAGUAAUAGUCGUUGAAAAACUGCCAUCUGGAGUCUUUGCUGACCCUUUCGAGCUCGAUCAUCUUGUCCAGCGUGGCGUUUUUAGCGAUGCAGGUGUCUUCGGUGAUACAAAUUUAGAACUACCUUCUUUCCGCUCUAAUAGAUCAGUUGUGGAAAUACAUAUGAGCAUUGCUUCCAACGUCUUGUCAAUAAAUAAGGAUUAUUUGGAAGUCAACCUUGUGGUUCCGUUGCAUGCACGAUAUCCACCUUUAGGACAUGAAUUUUCGAGGGUUGAAUUCGGGCAACCGGAUAUAUUUAUGUGCUGCAAUCUUGAAGGAGAUGUGCAUAAAAGGAGAUGUGUUUCGAUGCCUGAUAACAAUAUUUUGGACAGGGAAGCUAGUCCUGUUAUGUGGGAAAUACCAUGUGGAAUCAAGAAACAUGCCGAAUUUGUAUCGGCUGUCACUUUUGGCUUCGCUGUUUUGGCUUCUUCAAUUAUUGUAUUGACAUCUAUUUUUUAUUCAGAUAGUCAAGGCUCGGAUAAAUUGAAACGAUCAUAGCAUGUUACUGAACAUAUUCUGAGGUUCGUUAUUGAAGUUUCUCUGUUUAUUCUCUCA